AUGGCCCGAGGGAUGCUACACCCGGACGAUGUGGAGGGUGCCCUACCGACGACGUUGCAAGAAGCCAUCAGGACCGCUGCCAAGUUGGGGCUGGCUUUGAAGGAAAAACGCGCCAAAGUCAUGGAAAAGAUUGCGGAAGUGGCACAGGAGUUGGAACCCCUACGAGAGGAGUGGGGCAAAAAGUUACCCGUGUGUUGUGAGCAACUGCAUCUACCGUUAUUGGACUAUCUAGCACGGCUGACUGGGUAUCCUGAUCGGGCGUGCAUCGAUGAGCUACGAGCACACGGGGGACUAGCUUUUGUUGGGCCUAUCGAAGCGCAGGGUAUAUUCGCGGCGAAGAAGCCCAGCGGACGGCCGAGGAAGAAGAGGAAGUUGGCUACCAAAGAGGAUGUGACACAGUACGCGCACCGUCAACUAGCACAACUCGAGAGCGAUAGAGUAGACCCAAGCGAGGCAGAGCAGUGGAUGUGGAACCAAGCGAUUGCGGAACGGGAUAUGGGCCGAUUGGAGGGUCCGUGCGGGGUGGCGGAAAUGCAACAAUGGGAAGCCCUUGGGGUAACACGGAGGCACGUUGUCGUGCAGCCGACGAAGUGGCGGCCAUGCGACAACUACCGAGGGAGCCGUGUCAACGAGCUGGUGGACGUAAGGCAUAAGGUGACACUGCCGGAGUUGGACACCACCCUGCAGGUCGCACGGGAGGUGUGGAGGGCGCACGGAAAAGCCGUGCCGCUGUCACUGUGGAAGAGAGAUCACCGUGACGCAUACAGGCAGGUGCCGAUCAACCCUGUAGAGUCGAUGUGGUCGACAGUCGUGUUACGCGAUCUCGAAGGGCGAUACCAAGGAUUCAAGCAUCGGGUCUACCCAUUCGGGGCUGUGUCGUCCUCGUAUCUCGACGAUUUUUACGCAGUGGAAGCUACCGCAACCGCACAAAGCGGGUUUGAUGCAUUUGGAGAGCUCAAUCGUCUGGUGGGGAUGAGGAUCAAGGAGGAGAAGGAUGUGGCAUGCACGCAGAAGGCUACCGUGCUGGGAAUAGAGAUCAACACCGAGAUCCUAGGCACGGUGGAGUGGGGCGGAGGGAAGAAAGCUUGCGGGGAGGCUCAGUUUCGCCUGCAGCGUACUCCGAGGGAGGAGUGGACGUGCCUAUGUGAGGACCCUGAUUCGGGAGUCCCUGAGGGAGCAUACCGAAGCGGACGAAGACCUGAGGGCUGCUCUUUGUGGGAUGGCGAGAUUGUUGGGUCGAGUCGGAGAGCAAGGGACCAGCCGUAG